CCGCCGCGGCGCGUGACCCGCCUCGCCCCGGGGGCCGUGGGGGCGGAGGAGGAGGAGGAGGAGGCGGCGCCCGCGCCGGGAACGCCCGCGGAGCCGGCGAAUCCCCGGGCACCGGCCGGGGGAGGCUCCCGAGCGGCCGCGAGCCAGGAGGACGCAGGAAUCUUCAGAACUCCGUCUGGGGAGGAUGCUGCCCAAACCCGGGAUCUAUUACCUGCCCUGGGAGCUGGGUGCUGGCCGUGCUCCUGACGGGGCCAGCGUUCGAACAUUCGGCAGGUUGUGCCUCUACGACAUGGCGCAGUCACGCGCGACCCUGAGGGCUCAGCACGGGUCCGAUCAGCACCAGGUGCUUGUGUGCACCAGGCUGGUAGAGCCAUUCCAGGCUCAGGUGGGCUCCCUGUACCUGGUCCUGGGGGAGCUGGAGCACCAGAAGGAUGGUGGCUUCGUGGUGAAGGCCCGGGUGCUCACCUGUGUGGAGGGGAUGAAUCUGCCCUUGUUGGAAAGAGCAGUCCAGGAGCAGAGACUGUAUCUGCAAGAGAGAGACGGCCAAUAAGAAACCUCAAGCCUGGGGCUGGGAAGGUGGCUUAGUGGUAGAGUGCUCGCCUCGAAUACAUGAAGCCCUGGGUUCGAUUCCUCAGCACCACGUAGAUAGAA